AUAGAACCUACUAACGUUAACGUUACUAAUCAACAAUUCAAUUUGGGAUUUUAUGGUUUCUAAGGUACAAUGGCAUGAAUUAGAUAAGAUUUCGGAGGGCAGUAUAUGUUAAACAUUUGGGACAUAAUAUCGUUUGCAGAAAACAGACUAUCAGGUUGACAUGAAGUAUAAAUCUAACAUUGACCUUGACUGGGUGGGGUAAGCGGAGUGCAGCCAGAGGUAACCUGAUAUCACAGCUGGACGACAGAAUGUGAUCACAUCGUGUACUUGUCUGGAGUGAGCUGCACCGAUCAGUGACUGCUCCGUGGGAUUUAUGGCUGUGCUGGUCCUACUGUCAAUAAAACAGGUCCUCCCAGCACCCCUCUCGCAUGCUAUGGUGUCAGCUGAUUGGUAGAUGCCCAUCAGGUUGAUGGGAAACGCCCUGAUGACCACUUUCACUUGGUCAGUCGUGGUUUUGUGCAGAGAUUCCCGGGCGUACCGUGGGGAACUGAAUAGAAUGAAAUAGAGUGGUUGCUCAGAACCAAGUCUAUGUGGUUGGGCAGAACUAAGCGUACCACAAGACCUUAGAUAAGCAUCAGGGUAUAAGAAUGGGAGAAAAUGUAAAGGACGUCUCGCACUGGGUGUCGCUGCUUGGCAAGGAGCAGAAAACAUCUCAUGUUUGUGGCAGAAAGUUGAAUACCAGGUUGGACGUGACCAGGGACGGUUCACCUGCCGAGUCACAGAACAAGGCGCUAUUAUAUGACGCGUCUGUAGCAGUCGAGAACAGACGACCGGCGGUGUGGGAGGUGACUCCCGAACAAGAUAAGGUAGGGCACAGCCUCGGCUAUCGCAGCUCGCCUUGUACACAACAGAUAAAGGGUUACCGUUUGGACAUGGAGAGUGCAUCAAGCGUUACCAGGCCCACAGGAACACUCAGUGAUACGUCAGCGGAAUCAGAAGAGACAACUAAACACGCGUUUGUGCACCAGACCACUGGAAGGUUAGGUAGCAGAGUUAUAAAUGUCCCACCGCCCAGGAAAUUAAGUGCCGGCUCGGUAGACUGGUUGGAAGACUUGACGUCGUCGUUGAAAAAGGAAAACGGGACAUCCUUGGAGACAGGAAGUGUGCCUUCUCAGCCGAAAAACACGUCUGAUCAAAAAAGCAUUACCAAGACCCCGCACGUGAAUUGUCAUGUUGCCACGGCAGGUGAAAGUAAACGUACUUUGGAAGAGGCUAUGGACGCCAAACAGCAGGGGGAACCAACAAACGUCACCCAGGAUGUACCCGAGGUCAUACUAGCGUUCACGGAGUUUAAGGAAAGGGGUGCUCGACUGGAGAAAAAUUUGCGCUGGCUAAGACAAGAAAUUGUGGACCUAAAAGAGCAAGACCAAUCGCUGAUGAGGCAGUUCUUGGACCUGCGCAGUAGCAUUCACCAACUAAUUGAAGCAAGCUUGAAGGUUCCGAAGGACUCCUCGUCCCUCCUGUCCCUGUCAUCUCAGCCGGACCUGCGGGAGAGCUGCCUGUCAUUGGACGAGGCGUACGGUUCCUCCUCACCGGUAUGGCCAAAUCUAAGUAACGAGGAGGACUACCUGCCGCCGUACCGGCCCCGGUCAGCCACAGGUCCGAGCGCGCUGGGGUGGACCCCGCCCAUGUCGCGCCUGAGGAUCAGCACGGAGGACAGCGUGGAGCGAGAAUCCUUCUUCUAGCCGUGUCACAGGGCUGUCAUCAUCAGGCUUGUCCUGGCUUUGAACGCGGACAGUAUGUCGGGUUUGCAGACACAUAUUACCAUGACAAAGCAAUCCAAACGAAGAGAAGACAUGUC